AUGGGAGGUCUCGCGUUCGCGAAUGUUCCAACAGACUCCGGCAGACCCAUCAAGGUCCCUCGCCUGCCACCAGCACUGUACAAGACGCUCUCCGCGCAGUAUCAAGGCCUUUUGGAAACACUAUUCGUACGUGUUGUCGUCCCGCGUGACGCUCCAGCCAAGACAGACCAUGGGGACAUCGACUUCUUGGUAGAAGGCAUUCGGCCACCCAACACCAAAGAGGGGAUAUGGGCAGCGAUACAAAAGAAUCUCGACGCCGAUAUCCAUCUCCCACGCGGCGGGUCCUCUUCCUACGCCGUGCGACAUCCCGAGAUACCAGAUGCACACGUGCAAGUCGACGUCGAACUUUCGGUUGGAGAUGAAACCCCGGAAAGCGCUGAGCUCUUCGAAUGGACGCGCUUCAUGAAAGGCGACGCUGACCUCGUGCAAAUCAUUGGCGUCUCUCAUCGUCCGCUGGGUCUCACCUGCAAUGACCAGGGCCUGCAUGUACGAGUCGAAGAAAUUGAGCCAUACAACAAGAAGAAAGCGCUAUUAUUUCUCACACGAGAUCCAAAUCUCGCCAUCGCUUUCUACGGCAUGGAUGUCGCAAAAUACUGGUCAGGGUUCAAAGAUGAAGACGAUCUCUUUGACUGGGCCUCCAGCGGGAGGUUCUUUUCACAUAAAAUCUUCGAAGGGCGUGUCGAGAAGCACAACGAUCGAGCCCGGCAAGCAAAGCGGCCCAUGUACCAGCGUUUUGUAGAGGACUACAUGCCAGCGCAUCCCGACAGAGGUGAUGCAAACACGUGGACUAAGCAGCAAGUACUGGAAGAGGCUCUUACAGUUUUCAAGAAGCAGGAUGAGUACGACACUAUGAUGAAGGAUCAUCACCUCAAGACAGCGGAAGAAGAGCUCUGGAAGGAGAUCAAAGUCACGGUCCCAAUACAAAGCAACUCUCUCGCUCUCGUUCUGAAGGGCUUGAGGCGUUGGGUCGUGUUCCAGGAUAAUGAGCCGCGCAUUUCGUCUCAGCCCAACCUUGGUGAGCCUUUAAUCUGGUCCAAAUUUGUAUCGGCGGACAACAAAGACGCUGUGCUCAAGUGGGUGAAAAACAACUGGGAACAGGUCAAGGCUUUAGAGAAGGCGCGUGCGAAUGCUGCCAAGGAAGCCGCGAAAGGCGCAUCGUGA